GCGGCGGUGCCUUAUCCAACCAACCACAAAAACACCAUUCAUGGACGAGAUUGUAGCGGGGAGUCGGACUGCUGCCACUGCCACCGCCGCUGCUGCCGCCGCCGCCGCCGUCAUGGGUUUCCCCACCCCCUUCCCGCAGCUGAAGCCGAAGCUAAUUGCUUUGGAGCCUCCGGUCGGAGGAUAUCCGCGGUCGAGGAGGCUCAUGCGGCUGCGCUGCGCCCUCAACUCCGAGAAUGUGCCUCCCAUGACUGUUUCCAUCACUGGAGCCACAGGUUUCAUUGGGCGCAGAUUGGUUCAGAAGCUUCUAUCGGAUGAUCACAAGGUUUUCGUCUUAACAAGGUCUGCCACCAAGGCCGCAUCAGUUUUUCCUGCUUCCACCUACCCUGGAGUCACAAUAGCCGAACAAGGAGAUUGGGAGGCAUGCGUGAGAGGUUCCUCUGCUGUUGUCAACUUGGCUGGCAUGCCCAUAAGCACAAGAUGGUCACCAGAGAUUAAGCAGGAAAUUAAGCGGAGCCGGGUCAAUGUUACAUCAAAGGUGGUGAAAUACAUAAACCAUGCCGGAAAUGCUGAUGCUCAACCCUCAGUGUUUGUGAGUGCUACAGCCAUUGGCUACUACGGUACCAGCGAAAUCCAUAGCUUCGAUGAAUCAAGUCCAUCUGGCAAUGACUACCUAGCAGAGGUGUGCAGAGAAUGGGAGGCCACAGCACGUCUAGUAAACCAGCAGGAUGUUAGACUUGUGCUUCUCCGAAUUGGGGUUGUUCUUGGCAAGAACGGCGGUGCUCUAGCAAAGAUGAUCCCUCUUUUUAUGAUGUUUGCCGGUGGUCCUCUUGGGACGGGACGCCAAUGGUUUUCUUGGAUUCAUCUAGACGACCUGGUGAACCUCAUCUACGAAUCUCUAAUUAACCCUGCGUACAAAGGUGUAAUCAAUGGAACCGCACCGAACCCUGUGCGUUUGUCGGAGCUGUGCGAACGGCUGGGGCAAGUCGUCGGACGGCCCUCCUGGUUGCCUGUGCCGGAAUUCGCGCUCAAAGCGGUUCUUGGUGAAGGGGCUUCGGUGGUGUUGGAAGGACAAAAGGUUCUCCCGGUGAAGGCCAAGGAGCUGGGCUUCUCCUACAGAUACCCUUAUGUUGAGGACGCUCUCAAGGCCAUUGCGCAAGACAUACCAACUCGUCUCACUACAGGAAAGUAGGGGGGGGGGGGGGGGGGAUUUGUUUGGACGGUGGGGACUGUAGUCCCACGUAUUAAAUGUAGACUAAUUAUAAUACUAAUUAUAUAAAUAGAGACUAAUUCGCGAUACGAAUCCAUUUAAGUAUAAUUAGUCCAUGAUUUGACAAUGUUGUGCUACAAUAAACAUAUGCUAAUGAUGGAUUAAUUAGAUAUAAUAGAUUCGUCUCGUGAAUUAAUUUUCAUUUAUGCAAUUAGUUUUAUAGUUAGCUCAUGUUUAGUCCUAGACAUCCAAAUGUCGAAUACGAUCCGGACUAAAAAUUAGUCCCUAUGUCCCGAAUAACCCCCUUAAUUUGCCACCACAUAAGUGCACUGCCUUUAUUACGUGCUGUAUAGAGCUUGACACACAUGCAACAAGAUUCCAGCCUUUGGCGAUUUGUAUAA